UUAAAUGAUAUGAAGCACUUGAUGAACAGGUUGAUAAAAAGGACUGUUUACAUGCAUGCUAAUGAGCUGCCACUUAUUCUCCGACAAUAUUUUCAUGUUUGAAAGAUUGUUUUUUAAUUUCACUGGAAAGAUUGAAGCUCUGAUAGCAGCUGAUACUGUUGAACAAGAACAAACAGAGGGGGUACCAUACAGCACAAGACCUUCUCCAGAUGAGCCAUGCUUGAAACAACAUGGCUGCCGUAGUAGAUGGCCAGAGAACCACCUAUCACACAAGACUCUGUGUCAACUUCUAGCCCGACACCCCACAGGCGUGAAUGGUGCUGCCACCCAGCCACCCGAGUCCCAGGCCAAGGUGGACAAAUUCUUCCUAGAGGAGAACAACAAUAUUACCUAUGACGUUGAAGGGGUAUUAUGCCCUGGAGAUGACACCGUACAGGACAAACGAAUGAAUGCAAACAGCCAUGGACAUAACAGAAAUUCUAGUAGAUCUACCAACGGAAGUGCUGUGACUUCGGCUGACAGUUGGACGUCCGAUGUGUCAGCUAGUCCCGGCCAAAGUGGAGGUUCUACUCGGCAGCCUCACCAAGGCAUGCUGAGUGGCCAUCCAUCUAGCCAGGUCCAAGAAUCCUCGUCUCACACAUCAACCAUGUUAGCAUCUGCAGGCUCCCCGGCAAACUUGUCCGGGAUUUUCCGCACACCUGCAACUCUUGUGGAUUCCUCGCAGAGGCAUUUGUCAACAGGAAGUCAGUUCUCUACUCUUUACUCCUCCACGGGUGGAGGGGGAGGAGGAUCGUCACCCUUGUCCUACUCUAACUUACAUGGGGCACAUCCAGCCACUGUGGUGGCUGCACAGGGCUCGCACUUGCAAGCCCCGUAUAGUGCUUUCUACCCUCAGUUUUCACCUCAUGGCGGAUACACACAUCGGUCAAUGUUGGCUGCCCAGUACCCACAUAUAGAGUCAUACUCAGCUGUCCUACAGAGUAUGGGCAGCCAGGUCCAACACGCCUCUCAAACCCAGCUACCUCGCAACUCGUACCUAUCCGGUCAGAUACCUCAGUACUCGAUCCUCGGGGGCAAUCAAAGAUCCCUUUCUGUGUCCACAUCUGAUGGCCCCCAGGUGGCGCCCCGUCACUCCCCAGCGGCAGGGCAGCACUCUGGGGAUUCAGCAGCUAGAGAACGGGACAUAGAGGGGCGCUCAGGGGGGCGUGAGUAUUCAACGCAGUACAAGGACGACCGAUCACACAGUCUUUCAUCCAUCGAACUCGGCAGCGGGGGCAAGUCUGUGUCUUUUAAGGACUUACCUCCCCGUCAUGACUCUCUGUGUAGUAAGGAUCAGAGUGACUAUAAAGUGCCUAGUGGAAAAGAAGGCAGUCGCAAACACCGAAUACUGACUCGGCCCUCGGACAGCGUCAUAGAGAGUUCCUCCGUAGAUGUACAAAGUGGCUCAUAUAGCAGCAAUAGAUCAUCAGAUCAACCGUCCCCGAAACGAUCAAAGGCAGGCUACGGAGCCCCAUUGCCCCCGGUCAACCCCCGUGGGGCAAGUGUUGAGCAGGGUGUGGUAGAGGUCGGCGCAGGCGCCCCCCAGUCCUCAAACCUACACUAUCCCCCUCAUUUCAUGAAGGGGUCAAUUAUACAGCUAGCUAAUGGAGAACUGAAACGUGUUGAAGAUCUGCAAACAGAUGACUUUGGACAAAGUGCUGAUAUCAGCAGUGAUCUCAAAAUAGAUUCCAGCACCGUAGUGCGCAUGGAGGAGAAAUGUGAUCGCAGCACGGUUGUCCUGGGUUUUGUCGUGGGCGAACAUCGAGUACAGGUGACUGUGGAGGCGACAGUGGAACACCCGUUCUUUGUGUUUGGGCAAGGCUGGUCCUCAUGCGAUCCCGACAAGACCCUAGAGCGGUACGGCUUGGAAUGUCAUAGACUAUCGGUGGGGGAUAUUUGUAUCUCCCUCACACACAAGGAGGUUGCCGCGCGUGGUGCCGAGCUAUCACAGCAGCAGCUACGCCAUCAGGAGGAGAAUAGGCAUCUACAGCAAAACAGGUCCCCAACCUUGACUUUCCAGACCCCAAGGUCAAUAAACAAGUGUUCUCAAGGUCAAGGUCAAAUGUAUUUUAAUGUGUCAUCAGCAGAAAACAUGGAAAAGAGUCCACAGAAUUCUCCUAUAGACACAGUAGGGGACAUAAAUCAGGACCAGCACCCGGUGGAUAAUCGGCCACCACGGAAACGCCACUGGUCAUCAUCUGACCACAAUAAUGACAGUGUUCACAAUGACCAGAAGAAGCAAGAAAAGUCCUAAUGUACCAGAUCAAGAUCAGGAACAAAUUCUAUUAUUGUUAUGACACAAUUUCUUUUCAUAUGAAUUUUAUUAUUUAACGUAUUCAAAAUUGUAUGUUGCCCACAGAUCUUUGUCUGCUCAUCUGCUUAUGUUAUAAUUAUUGUAGAUGUAAGAAGUGUCACUCUGGCCUUGGGUUAGUAGCGUUUAAACAUUCCCGUCUCCCAGACCUGAAGGUGGUAGUCUCUCUGAAUGGAUACAAUUAGAUUACUGAACACAGCCAGACAUGACAAAGGUUUCAGAUCCUAACAAAAAUAAAUGUAUUUUAAAACCCGAGAACUCCUACAAGAGUUCACUGCCAGUGGGAGAAUGUUCCUGGUACAUGUUAAAUAUUUUGUUUUGCCAAAAGACUGAUAGAUAAAAGCAUUAUGAGGAUUGAAGCAUUAUCUGUGAUGUGAGGGGACUAUAUGGCUGCCUAUUGACAGAUAUACCAGCUGAUGAAAGCUGUCAGCCUACCCAAGACAAGAGUUGUAGUGACCCAGAUAUUGAUCCGGCUCUGAUAGCCUCUUGUAUUAUUGGGAUCAGUGUGACACUUGUUACUUUCUAUGACAGCUUCUUGCAUUGAUGUAUAUUACAUUUCUUUCCAUAUGUUUGAUGAUGCAAUAUGUAAGCUAGCUUCAGUUGGCUCAUGCUGAUGUAGCAUUUUACAACUAUAGUGACCCCAUUAUUAUUAUUCAAAGCAGUUCUAGGUUACACAUUUUAGUUGCUACUGUGUUGUCCUACAUGUUACUGGUGUGUUCAUUGUCAUGAUGAUACAAACUGCCCAUAAAUCAUAAUCUAGAAAAACCCUGGCAAGCAAUUUAUUCGAAUUUCCUUUCAUUCACAAUAACAGCUACACACAAAUGAAAAACAAUCCAUCAGAAAAAUUUCACUUGAAAUUUGAAAUAUCAACACUACAUGAUGGUGUAGAGUGUAGCCCCGGUGACAUGUGUAUCUGUUCAGCAUGUUAAUCAAGUUCCAGUUACCUCCCUUACACAAGUUCAUCAAUUAGAAGGAUGAUAUCAUGAGUUACCUGUGUGUUUUACCUAAGGAAGCUGAUAACAGGUAGUUUAGGAGUCUUUUAUUUAACUAAGUACACCCUGUAAAGGUAUCUAUGUGUUACCCCAGCUUUGGUUCAGCCAGCUUAUCUAGAGACCAAACUUAGGUGUAAACUCAGCGUUCAUCAUGUUAUAAUGCUGAACAAAUAUAGUAUUUUAUUUUCAAAAGCUGGUUCAGCAUAGGAAGGGAUUCACAAAUCGUGUGAUUGAUAAAUCUGGUUAUAAGGGUUGAAUAUGUAAUGGGGAGGUCCAUAUGAAGAGAUUGGAGUAGAGAUCUGACUGUUUUACACGUUACAUAUCAAUAAUUGGUCCGAUCAACAUGCCCUGUUAUUGUAUGCGAGUGAGGUAAGCUACAGGUAAACCAAGUAGUUACAUGUCUACAUAGCUUACUGUAGUAAUUUUAUACCUGACUUACAUCAACACCUAGGAGAAACCUGUGUGCUAAUGAGAAACCUGUUUGCUAAAUAGAUAAAUAUCAAAUCAAAUCAGUUUUGUAUUGUAAAUUAGUUUAAACUAAUCAAAUAACAUGUUUGCCAAAAUUAAAUUUUGCAUUCAAUUUGAUUUUCAAAAUAAUUAUAGCUGAAAAGAAUGUGUGGUUUUCUCUCUCUGCAAUCACAAAUUGAUAUUGGAAAACAUUGCCAUGGGCUUCAAAUGUUAAAGAAAAAGUUAUUUAAAUAAACACUUAUAUUAGGUAAUCAGUGUAUAGUAAUAUAACAAAUGAUCAUUAGGAGGGUAGUUAACCAACCUGGCGGCCUAAUCUAGAAUACCACCAAUUAACUAGUGUAUGAUUAGAUUGGGUCAAAACAGUUACAAACAAAAUAGGUAUCCUUUCUAAACCACAUGCUGAACCCGUACACCUGCAGAGAUUUAGAUGUAAACCUGUAAAACCCUGUCUAAUCUGACAUGUUUGGUCCCUUUCGCUGCCUUUGGUCAGUUUAGACAGGUUUCACUAUGUGUAAUACAAUAUAACUGCUAUAUCAUAAUUAUGUGUCGUAGUGCAAUCUACAUGUGAUCAAGGUUUGUUUUUUGUCGGCGUCUGGUGUAGUUUGUCGGUGUGAUUUUGUUUCUGUUUUGAUGUAUUCAUUUAGAGGUCAAGUGGCUUACAUAUUGAGAAAUUAAUGGUGUAUUGUGAUCAUUUCACAUCCUCAAUUUAUUUUUAGUUCUCUCUUUUACUCCAAAGGACAUGUAAAUAUCAGAACGUUUCCUGAUUAACAAGUGUUUGCUGAUAGGAUGAGAAUUUAUUAGAUCUUUAUUUUUUCAGUAUUAUUUCUCGGUUAAGUUUUAUCUUUGGUCUUGGUUAAGUUGUCAGUAAAAAUACAACAGCAAAGUUUUAUAACAUUGGUCAGAUGGGUGUCCAAGCGAUGUAAAACAACAUACUUGUUUAUUAACCGGUGUAAAACAUGUUGGGUACUUCAACAUAAAGGAGUAAAAUAAAUCAACAAAUCUUGAUUACAAAAUUUAGACACGGAAGAUCAGUUCAGGAAUGUUAUUAGCAUGUUUAUAAAGUUAUUGACUACAAGGAUAGAGGCUGACAUUUUGCAAUGUUGUUUUUCAAGUUAUUUUGUAAAAUGUACGGACAACUACUGAAGAGAAAUACAGCUGUGGUAUUGUGUUAUAUGUUUGGUAAACUUCUUGUUGUGUAUUGGUACUUGUAUCUAUUUUUAACACUAUUUAUGAAAAAUCAAAAUGGUUUAAUUUCUAUGUGAGAAAGAUAAAAAGUUGGUUGUUGAAAUGUUUUUCCUGACAGGAAAAAUGUGUAGAAAUAAUUUCAUGAGAUGGCCUUUUACAUGCACCAAUGUUACGAUGAAUUGAUGUUUGUCCGUGCUCUGUUUGUAGCUUGAGGUGAAAGGACACAUGUCCCUCAGGGUUCUCAUGAUAACAAAAACGAAAAAGUCCCCAUGUACUGUUUCCAUGGUGACAGUUUGACUGUUGCCUAAAUAAUGUUCUCAUAUUUUUCCAUUUGUCACCCUGACAACAUAUGUUUCCAUUUGUCACCCUGACAACAUAUGUUUCCAUUUGUAACCCUGACAACAUAUGUUUCCAUUUGUCACCCCGACAACAUAUGUUUCCAUUUGUCACCUUGACAACAUAUGUUUCCAUUUGUCACCCCGACAACAUAUGUUUCCAUUUGUCACCCCGACAACAUUUGUUUCCAUUUGUCACCCCGACAACAUAUGUUGCCAUUUGUCACCCUGACAACACAUGUUUCCAUUUGUCACCCUGACAACACAUGUUGCCAUUUGUCACCCUGACAACACAUGUUUCCAUUUGUCACCCUGACAACAUAUGUUGCCACACUGUCACCCUGACAACACAUGUUGCCACACUGUCAUCUACUCAUAUGUAGCCACGUUACCCUCUCACAUCUCCAUGGCAACGACAGCAUUUCUUCGCAAUAUACACUUAAUGUGUUGUCAUAUGGAAACGCUGUCAUGUUGCCAUGGAAAUGUUGGUGAUGUGACUGAUGAUUUGUUAGGAUGCAUGGAAACUUUGUCAUGUAUCGUGGUGUUAUUUAGUAGGAAGAUUGUGAUAGUACUGGAUCUGUGAAUGGUAAAGCCAUGUAUAAAGUUUAAAUGUAUGACAAGAUAUAUAAAAGUAUAUGUAUAUAAAUCUAUAUGGGAUUGACAUCAGUUUGUUACUCUGGUCAGUCUGUUUUAACAUUGUUACUUACGCAUCAAUCCCUGAAUCAUUCAUUGUCAUCAGUCAUAGAGUUUAAAUGUUGGACGCAGCUGUUGUAUUUUUAAAAGCCUGUUGUCAUCUGUGAUAUGUUGAUAAAAAAGUUAUACUGUUUUACCUGUUACUCAUUGUCCAUGGCACAGCAUUUAUGGCAUGUUAAAGAGAUAUCCCAGUUUUAUUACAGAGCACGAGUAUUUUAAUAUGAGUGAAUAUGAUUUUCAACUGGUAAGAAGCCUGUUUCUGGCUUGAUUGCUGAACUGUGUCACUAGUAUGUGAUGAUACAGAUAAGUUGACUUUAGGGAACCUCCAAAAUACUGCUAGAAUGGUUCCAAAAUCUGCCAUUCUGUGUUAACCUGUGAUAGGAUUCCAGGAGUGUUUGAGAGACUGAUUAGGAUUGGUUAGUUUAAAUGUGAUGUUCAUACAGUCAUAAACUACAACUAGAAUUUAUCUAAGACAUUAGGAUCUCAGUCUACAGUCACUGUAUAUUUUAUUGAGUUGUUAACAAAAUGAAUUGUAUUCAAAUGGCAACACUGAAUCUUAUGAUCAAAUGUUUUUCCUACUAGAAAUUAUUUAUGCUACAAGACUGUCGACUGUCAGAAAUUAAAAUUGAAAUACCUUAGUAUCAACUGUCAGAAAUUAUAAUUGAAAUACCUUAGUAUCAAUUGUCAGAAAUCACAAUUGAAAUACAUUAGUAUCAACUGUCAGGAAUUAUAAUUGAAAUACAUUAGUAUCAACUGUCAGGAAUAAUAAUUGAAAUACAUUAGUAUCAACUGUCAGAAAUUACCAUUUAAAUACCUUAGUAUCAAUUGUCAGAAAUCACAAUUGAAAUACAUUAGUAUCAACUGUCAGAAAUUAUUAUUGAAAUACAUUUGUAUCAACUGUCAGAAAUUAUAAUUGAAAUACCUUAGUAUCAACUGUCAGAAAUAUAAUUGAAAUACUGUAGUAUCGACUGUCAGAAAUUUGACAGAUAAAACUAAAUAAACAGCACUAUUGAUGCUCAAAUUUUUUAAUUGAUAAAAUUAAUUAGCAAUUAAACUGUACAAUGCAGUAUAAAUGUUUCAGUAGAAGGGUAUUUGUUCCCGACUUGUUGAUGUUUAAUUGUUUGGUACAUGUGAACUGACAGACAGGUAGAUAUAAUCAUAUAUAAUAAAUGGAUAUACCACCAGGCUGACUAGGUUAGUGUGACGGGGAAGUUAUCAUGACAGUACAUGUACAGUUAGGGCGAGCCACUAAAUAAUUAUGUGUAGGGGGAAAAAACUCCCCAGGGAUAUUUCAUUGUGUAGCAAAUUACAAUUGAUUUUUCGUUGUCCUGAAUUUUUUGACAAGCAGUAAAGUGAGGUAGUAUGCUGUGCCUGUAAGGUGGUGUAUAUACUGCUACAGAUCUAGAAUUCAAGUAUACAGAAGUUUUGUUUAGUUUGGGUGUCCAUGUACAAGUGCAUGGUGAGUAAAUGUGUUACGAGAGGAUCAUUGAAGUUUGUAUGUGUGAUUUUGUGUGUGUUUUCCUUUGAUUGGGGAAGGAAGGAUCUUGUGAUUAUGAGUUAUAACAACUGUAAACAAGACUCUGUUAUAGCUUUGCCAAGCAAAGUCUGCCGUCGAUACAGUUACAGCGAUCAGAAAAGUGCUUAUGUAUAAUAAUCAAAUGUAUUAAGAUUAUAAAAACUAAUUGUAUGGAAGAUACAAUGAGGAAUUAUCUCACUCAAAGUGCUACCUUGUUUACUGGACACACUCUAACACUACCAUGUCAGGAUGACCAGACAAGUUCAGAUUAAUUGUUUUUCCAAAUCUUUAUUUCCAGAACUUGGAAGAAAUAAAGAGAAUUGAAUUUGACCAGAACAAAACAAAAUCCAUAUUUGAUAAAAAGAUUGACAAAUACAAUUUUGUGUCAAUUUUGGAAAUAUUCAUUAGAACAUUGCAUAUGAGUUGAUGUGUUAUCUGAUCUCAUUGUGAUCAAAGGUACCGCCCCCAUUUGUAGGAAUCAUUGAUGACGUAUUGUGAUUAGAUGGUAUCAGAGGUUCGGUCAGACUGACAUGGCAGUGUUUCGGGUGUGUGCAGUGUAUCAAAUGUUUGUCAUCAGUUUUACACAAAUAAGUGCUACGUUACUGGAGUUGUACUAUUCUAAAUAAAAAACAUUAUAGAAACACAA